AUGCAGAGCCGAGACUAUCCUGGAACGUACAACUUCGACAAAAUAUUCGACUGGCGGUCGACACAAGAGCAUGUGUUUUCUUACGCCGCCAGCGCCACCAUCGAAGAUGUCAUGCGAGGUUACAAUGGAACGAUUUUCGCAUAUGGACAAACCGGGAGUGGGAAAACGCAUACUAUGAUGGGAGAUAUGGAGAAUCAAUCCCUGAAAGGUUUAACACCGCGCAUAGUUGAGAACAUCUUUUCGACAAUCUUUAGCUCCCCGCCACAUCUCGAAUUCACAGUCCGAGUAUCCUACAUGGAGAUCUACAUGGAAAAGAUUCGCGAUCUGCUGAAUCCGGCAAACGACAAUCUGCCCAUCCACGAAGAAAAAUCGCGCGGUGUAUACGUGAAGGGCCUGCUGGAGGUUUUCGUAGGCUCCAUCGAGGAAGUCUACGAAGCGAUGCGAAGGGGCCAGAGUUCGAGGAUGACUGCGCAGACGAACAUGAACGCGGAGAGUUCACGGAGUCACUCCAUAUUUGUCUUGACCAUCUCGCAAAAGAACUUGCAGGAUGGGAGUCAAAAGGCUGGGAAGCUGUACCUCGUUGAUUUGGCUGGGUCUGAGAAGGUUGGCAAAACUGGAGCAUCGGGCCAGACAUUGGAAGAGGCGAAGAAAAUCAACAAGUCGCUCUCGGCUCUCGGCAUGGUUAUCAAUGCUUUGACGGAUGGGAAAUCGUCUCAUAUCCCAUACAGAGAUUCGAAGCUCACCCGUAUUCUGCAAGAGUCAUUGGGAGGAAAUUCGCGGACCACCUUGAUCAUCAACUGCUCUCCCUCAUCGUUCAACGAAUCUGAGACGGUCUCGACGUUGAGAUUCGGAAUGCGUGCAAAGACAAUCAAGAACAAGGCGAAGAUCAACGCGGAGCUCAGUCCUGGGGAACUUAAAGUAUUGCUGAAGAGAUGCAAAACGGAACUCUCGACCUUGCAAGCAUUCUGCCAUGCGUUGGAGAAGGAGCUGAACGCAUGGAGAUCGGGCCGGCCAGUGUCGGAAAGCGACUGGGUGAGGCCACUGGAGGAGUUCAACAAUCGGAUACUGGAUAUGGCGGUUAUGGAGGAUCGUCGCACAUCCUCUCCGGCACCGGGUGGGUUGGCGGGGCCAUCGACGCCCGGGCCAAAAUUAGAGGACGACGAGAGGGAGGAUUUCCUCAAACGCGAAAACGAGCUAUCCGAUCAGCUGGCUGAUAAAGAGGCGGAACUGGAGAAGGUGAAAGUGGAAGUCAAGCUGUUGACGGAGGCGGUCAAUAGCAUGCGGCAAGGGGACUCGACGCUGGCGGAGCAGAAUAAGAAGCUGCAAGCAACGGUGGCGGAUCUCAACUUGCAGAUGGAGAAGGUGGCGUUUGAGAGCAAGGACACUGCAAUAAAUCUGGACACAUUGCGGGAUGAGAAUAUGGAAAUGUCGAAAGUCAUCGAGACCCUCAAGAAACAAGUCGUCAGCUUACAGGCACUACAACCGGUGAUACCAGUAAGCGAAGAGGACAAGGAGAAGCGGCGGAAAGAGAAGAUGGCUGAGAUGCUUGCAGAGUUCGAUCCAACGACGUCCCUCGACGAGAACGAAAAAGCAAUGAAAGCGUCCUUGGCCAAACUUGCCCAUCUGCGUUCGAAUUCAGCCCCACCCCAAACCCCAGAGGCCAUCGAAGCGCAGCAUCUCGAGCUACUGGAAGCACAAACACAGCUCAUACAUCAGGACAGCAAGAUCCAUGAACUGAGUCAGAUGAACCAGACAUACGACGCUGAGGUCCAGCGCUUGGCUAUGCAGAAGGAGGAGCUACAGAGCAAGGUUACGGCUUUGGAGAGGGAGUAUGAGGAACUUUUGGAACGCACGAUGAAUGAGGAGCUCAGUGGGGCUAGUCCCGAUAUUACUUCCAUGAUUGAUGAUCUCAAGGUCCGCUUGGAGAGCCUUCACGAAUCCCGGAGCUCGCACGCCAACAUCGAAAUCCAAGACCUAAAAGCGCUCAUCGCCCGGAAGGACGCGGAGCUUGCCCGCGCACAAGCCGCCUUCGCAGAAAAGAAAGAGGCUGCAGAUGCGCACCGGGCAUAUGUGGACCGCCCGCCGUCGGAUGACCCACAGGCAGCCCAGGAGGAGGCCGAUAAGGAUGCGAUUGUGCGCACGCUCCGAAAUGAAGUGGCUCAGCAGAUUGCUGAAUGUGAGGAUAUGAAGAAGAAGUUCUUGAAGGAUCUGCAGAACCGUUGCGAGAAGGUGGUGGAGCUUGAAUUAAGCCUCGACGACAUGCGCCAACAAUACGGCGACGCAAUCAACAACAACAGUAACUCGACCGCGCAAAAGCAGAAGAUGGCCUUCAUGGAACGCAACCUGGAGCAGCUCGCGGCGGUGCAAAAGAACCUCGUGGAGCAGAACAUCCAGUACAAGAAGGAGAUGGUUAAUGCGGAACGCAAGCUGGGCACGCGGAACGAACGGAUUGCGCAGUUGGAGGGCUUAUUGGGCGAUGCGACGAUGAAGCUGGAGCUGCAAAACCAGAAAUUCGAGGCUCAGUUGGCGAGCAUGCGGGAGCGGUUGCAGGAGGCGAGAUCUGAACAAAACUCACAUCCAUCGUCGUCAUGGUUAUAUUCGUCGCGCAUCGCCAAACCGCUGCGAGGUGGUGGCGGGGCGUUUGUACCUGCAGGGGAGACCGAAGACGUAGCGCAAUCAGGGGAUAAUGACGACUUGGACUUUAACGUUGAUCUAGGUGCGUCUCAAGAGGUCAGAGAUGGUCUUCGCCUCGGAGGCUCGUAUCUGACCGUUUCUAUUUCCGCUACACCAGAUGAACCACCAAAAAGCCGUGCAAGCUGGUACAUCAGCCUGCUAGCCAAAAAGGACGAGCGCAAAUAG